AUGACUGAAAAUCUAUUCCAAAAUGGGAUCUGGGGCACGCGCUUCCGUGCGGAUUUAGCACAGCAUCCGAUUAUUCUUGCUAUCUCUUGCAUAUGCUUUUAUUUCUUCCGUACUGAGGGCCCGCUUGUAAACUCAUAUUCUCUGAUGUCAGAUGGGGAUGGAGCUAUGGCGACUGCACACCACGCGAUGGGAGCCCGCGAACCUUGUCAGAGCAGUCUCCUUGGAGGUGUCUCUUCUCAUGCUGAUGCUCGUCUGACAGCAAAAAAAGUCUGCUUGGGCGAUAUGACUCUGAGUCCUGGAAGACGUUGCUAUCGUGAUACCGGUAUUAUGAACCAGCGGAACUUGGGCAUGAGAAUCGGUUUGCCUCCUGAGUGUGACUGA